UGCCAGUCUCUGCUCUGCUCGAUCGCGGCACGGACCGUGUCGACCCGCUGCAAUGUGAACGCCUAAUCCGUCUCACUGUCUACGACGACAGCCACUUUUGCCUGUGAAUUGCUUCGUUUAUUUUCUAAACAGAUCAGUUGACUAACUUUUUGAGUUCAGCAAUAUUCGUCGCGUUGGAUACACCUGAGCAUUCGUUCUGUGGCGACAUUGAUGGAGUUCCGCUUGGACAGCGCGGAGUACUGCCAGGCCCAACACAAAUAAACAGGAGGGCGUCUAGUGAAGGCAAGGUAGUGGGGUGUUCUACUGGACCCAUGCUGGCGCGCUUAGACCACGCAACCAAGCAUUACGCGAUAUCUACUCACCCAAAGUUACCUUAAAUUCAGACCCUUAAGAAGCAUAUCAUCAAGUUGCCGGCUUAUGUUCGCAGUAUCAUUUUAAUUUGGUAACCCAAUUCCGAUCCUUGGUUUAUUUGUCUUCGGAUGUGCUCAAGUGUUUGAAAGCGACCUCCAUGUGGGUGGUCCUCAUUAUAUAAUUGGACCCUUUCUAAAAAAAAGUCACGAAACUGAAGUGUGUUGUGUGGAAAUAGAGUGACAAUUUGUCUGUAAGACUUUGACGGGUCGCGUGGUUUACGAGAACACCUGAGUGAGAGGCAGUUGUGUUAAUCCCAGCGAAGGAGCAGCCGCCACCAUGAAGCAGAAGGAUAUCAGACCGGCGCCAUCGCUCAUCGAGUACAAGAGCAUGCGCUUCCUCAUUACCGACCGUCCAUCUGAUGUUACCAUCCAGUCGUAUUUGCAGGAACUGAGGAAGCAUAACGUUUGCACGGUGGUGCGCGUGUGCGAGCCGAGUUACGACACGGCACCGCUGAAAGCCGAGGGCAUCGAAGUGAGGGAUCUCGCUUACGAUGAUGGCACCUUCCCUCCGGCUAAUGUUGUGGACGAUUGGUUCGAGAUUUUGCGUGAUAAGGCUCAGAACAAGCCAGAAGCGGCCGUGGCAGUUCACUGCGUGGCAGGACUUGGCCGUGCUCCGGUGAUGGUUGCUAUCGCGCUCAUCGAGCUUGGAAUGAAGUACGAAGAAGCUGUUGAGAGCAUCAGAGACCAACGUCGCGGCGCAAUAAACGCGAAGCAACUCUCGUACUUGGAGAAGUACCGGCCCAAGUCGCGCCUGAAGAAGAACGGCCACAAGAACUCGUGCUGCGUGCAGUGAACGAGACAGGUUUAGCUCUGCUUUCACACACACACUCGACACACGGGAGCUUAGACAUAUAUAUUUAGGCCCUUAUACACUACCCCUUUUAAUAGUCAUAAGUCCACUUUUCGACUAGGGAUAGUGUGUAAUCGCCUACAUGUGACGUUGACAAUUUAUUUUCAAUAUUUUUUUAUUUCCGAGGGUCGUAAGGAAUCCACUAACAGCUUAACAUUCCCGUUCAGUUUCAGACCGGAUUCUUUUGCGGCUCAGUUCCUCCGAAACCGUCUCAUAAUUUUGCUACGAAAUUUAGUACUUUUUCUAUGUAACUUGCUGAUCGUGUUGCUCUCAUGGUUAUCGCGUAUGGGCAGGGCCCGAUUUUCCAACAUUUAAAAAAUGAAUUUUGAAUAAAAUACAAACUGGAUCAUUUUUUGCGAUAACCUUGUUUCAAUACGACCUGUCCUAACUUAAAGCCAAGUCGGUCGCUGAGCCAGUGGUUACAAACGCGUCUUGGAUUCUGAGUCCAAACAAACCACUAUUUGUGUUCAAACUACUCAGGUACAUAAUUACAAAUUCCAUAAUAAACAGUCGAAAAAAAAUACUUAUUUUUACUUAAUUUUAUUUCGAUUUUAUUGUGUGUAAAUCGUUUCCUAUAUUUCUUAGUUAAUAAAUUAUGACAUAAUAGUGUUUGACAAGGA